AUAAAAUAGAAGAAACAGGAAUAUUGCAGCAUGGAGGAUUUAUCGAACGUGGACCUGUCAGAAAAUGGUAAUAAAUCAGAUGUAACUAAGUUAAAUAAAAGACAACGGAAUCGAGCUGCAGCAAUUAAGAGUCGAAAAAAGCACACAGAGAGGGCAGAUGUUCUACAUCAGGAAUAUGAGAAAUUAGAAAAAGACAACGCAGCACUGCGCAACGAAAUUAAACAACUGGAGCAGGAAGCAUCCAGGUUGUCUUGUAUCUUGAAAGAACAUGAGACUACAUGCUGCUUAGACGUUCAUGAUAUAUUUUUGGACAUCUUACAAAAUGCAGACCCAUUUUGGUCCUCAAACAUUAUGGAGCCACUCAGUCCCAUUUAAGUGCACUACCUUUCAUAUUGUACCUUGGAAGUUGAAGUUUGGUAUUUUAGGAUGGAGCGAUACUUUAAACAAUAAUGCCAUCGACUUUAAAAAUUAACAUAGAAACAGCCUUUCGUUACUCUCACCCAUGGUUAAUACAUUUGACUGGUUCAUCAGAACAUUUGGAUAAUGAACUUAUACUUGGGUAAUUUGGCUACCCCUUGUUUGAGAGAUCAUUUAUUUUUUCUGUUUUAAUUACUGUGUCACCCUACCUCAAGAAGCAGAUCCCUGGAUUAUUUUGGCUGCUGUUUGUUUGAUGGUGUAUGAUGCCAUAGACUAAAACGCAACUGGUCUGACCGUGUAGCACCCUCCUAUAUAUGGUGGUGGAUGUAUAGUGCAAAGUGGUUUGCAAACUCAUCAAAGCUUCAAAUAU